GCCCAUCCAAGACGAGGACAGUCCCGUGGACAGCAGCCUCACCAUGUAUUAAUUUAGCAGUUUCUAAACUCAGAAGUGGAGGAAGAUAUUGCCUCCCUUGGUGUGGAGAUGUCAUGUUUUCUUGUUAGCACAAGGGAACUGUUUUCUCCCAUACCGUGGAUGAAAUAUUGACAGUACAUAAUUGAAGUUCUCUAAGAUGUUUCGCCUCUCAUCGAAAAGGCUUCUUCAGUUCUAACUGACUAGUGGGGAGUUCCAGGUACUUAUCCUCUGAGAUCUUGAAUGCCAAAUCAAAAGGGGCAUUUUGGGGAGCGGUCCAUCCGUAGCACCUCAAAGAAUGCCAAGGAUAAGAGUAAUAGCGCCACUAUGCGGGCGUCCAAGGGUGGUACCCACAUUGAGCAAUCUGGAAUGGGUGACAUGAGAAACUGCAUGCUGCGCUGUGACUCAGAGAAGGAUUCUGAAAAAGACUCUGGGUACUCAGAGGCUGGCUCAGACUCUGUGCACACUGAUGUGGAUGACCAGCGAAGCAGCAAAAGCAGCAAAAGCAGCAAAAGCUCAAAUAACAACAGUGUGAAUCCUGCAGGCCAUAACAUGCCUCCUUAUGAGGCGCUCACCCCCAUUUACGUCAUCAAAGACCUGGUAGUCAAGCCGUCUAGACCAGAACAACUUCUCCAUGGCCCCCUGGCAUGGGGCGGUGGUUGGCAGAGCCUUACCAGCGCUAAAGCACCCACCCAGCUCUUACUGAUCCAACAGCCAGCAAUGCCUCCUCCCUCCACCACUACCCCAACUCCUUCAUCCAGUCAAGCUGCACUUCAAGGUAAAGUUAAGACAGGAGGCAGCCGCAGCAACCAGAACCGCAGUAGCAAGAACUCAUACCUGCCCAUCCUGAAUUCUUACCCUCGCAUUGCCCCCCACCCCAGGAAAGAGAGCCAUGAAGGCAAGGGUACUACAUGGGAGGAGGGGGUUGAGGAGAGUGGCAGUGAAGGCCAGAGCCAGCGCAAGAGAGUCUGCACUGAGGAAGAGAAGAGGGAGGCUGUAUCGACCACCAGCCACCUCAUGAUGUCGCAGCAGCAUCAAAAAGAGUUUAGAGUCCAUUCCUAUUCCCAGUAUAAAGGCCGAGGAGGGCACAAUUCUUUUCCCAUUUUAUCUCACUGUCCACUGCCCAGCCACGCCUCCUCCACCACCCAGCACAAGUUCUACCACUGCCAACAAUGCUCAGGCUCUGACAGUGUGGGGUCACCCUCCGUCUCCAGCUCCCAGACACCCUCACCACCUUCUUCCUCCAGCUCUCCCUCAUCCUCCUCCCCUCCCUCUUCAUCUCCCUCUUCCUCCACUGCUCACAGCCCAUAUUGCCUGGCUUCAGACAGCUCAUCCACACGCCAGCUCCGUUUCCUCAACACAGCCGAGAUCCUCAACCAGUCGGGCCUGCUGGCUAUCACGCUACGCACCAAGGAGCUGCUGAAGCAGAACGAAGCCACAGAGAGGGAAAUCGCCCAAAUCCGUCAGCACACGCAUCUCCUGUGCCAGGUAGCCCAGGCCAGCCAGAGCAGGUGCAACAAUGGCUCAGACAGUCUUGACAAACUCCUCCAGGCCAUGACCAAGUCAGCCUUCUACCCCAACUUAGACUUAAAUCAACUGAAAGCACUCAGCAGCAGCCAUCAACAGAGCAAAACUAGAACUGAGGAAGACAAAGUGAAGGAUAACAACAUUAGAACCACUAAGAUACACAGCAACGUACUGCAGGUGGGGCCUUUACACAAGAUAGAUUAUGGAACAUUGCCACCUUCACCAUUGUUUGCCCCCUCACCAGACACAGAAGAAACACAACAUGCUGACGAUCCCCUGGACCUCAUGUCCACCUUCCUCUCUAUUUCUUUGCCCAGGUCUGUCCCUGAGCAAGAACGUAGACAACCAUUUAUGGACAAGGACUUAAGUGAUCUCACUAUGUUGCCAGAGAGCUCAACACACAAUAACUAUCUCCUCUAGCUUCCUGGGGAAGAGGACAUGGAUCCGUAAUGACUGGCAGGGAAAUGUGGAACUAGCAAUACAGGAGAGCAUGGGUUUUGUUUGAAUUAUUUAAUAUAUCUGUCUAAAACUGAAUAUAACUGGUUGAAAGGGUAGAAUGAUAAUUUUAUGAUUUGGAUUUACACACAUGGUUUAAAGUUGAUUAUGACUGAUAUAUUUUCCUACCUUUUAGUCUGGGAUUUGCUCAUGCCAGAUUCCCAUUUUUCAGGUGUAUUUUUCAUGUCAUUCAGUUGGUCACGUUCAGUCAGUGAUUGGAUGUCUCUUAUUUGACAAGAAGCAGUGAGACAACUGAAACAAGUCUACAGAGAAAUAGGAAACAUGAGUCAUGUACUGUUGUAAUCAUCACUCAGGUUGUAGGGAUUUAAAGCAUUUAUAUGCUGAUAACAGUCUUUUGCAUUGAUGUGUUGCUUUUUAAGAGAAAGAGAAAAAAAACAGGCUGAUGAGGGUAAUGGGUUCUAUUUAGAUUAUAUAGUUAUAGUUUAUAUAGAUUAUUUUAUGUUUGUAUUUUUGAUUUUUUGAGAACCACUCAUCCAAACAACUUCACACUUCAACUCUGCACUUCCUUGGGUUCUCAGCAAUACACCCACCAAGUCUGAAGUCAAUCGGAUGAGUGGUUUUUAAAUGGAGGGUUAGGGUUAGGGUUUCGACAACCUCCAAAAAACUUCACAGUUGACACUGCACUUUCUUUGGUCCUCAGUAAUAAAGCCGCCCAGAUAGAGUCGAUCAAAUAAGUGGUUUUCAAGAAAAACAAAAGACAGACACACAGAAAGACAGAUAUUUCUCCAUUUAUUAGUAGAAUUAUAGUUACAGUUUUUACAAUUGCUGCAAUGUAUUUGUCAAUAUUGAGUUCACUUUUUAGAACUCUUAACACGUCAGCACAGCAGUCUGUUGUGUACUAAAACUGUGGAUCAUUCUUCAUUGCUUUGACACAAAAUGCAUUCGAAUACCACAUCUUUCAAAAUUCCUGAACUGUUUUCUCACUCAAAGUCAACCAGCACCAAAACUCUAUUUACAUACCAUUUUGCACAUUUAAAUACUGUUGGAAAAACUAUUCCAUUUAUGUUCAAAACCUAACAUAACAAUAACUGUACAUUAUGUGGAUGAGAAUUUUUGUCCAAAUUCCCCAAGACAGGACAGGGUUGCCUAGCGCUGUUGUAUAUAUAUCUGAAGCUAUCCUAUAAACUACAGACUAUCUUGUGAUGGGAUCACACCAGCAGUGAUGCCCAUCAACAUGUCGACAUUCCAACCCAUGACUACUCAGUAGUCAUUACUAAAUUAUUACAUGAGUAUUCAAUGCUCAUGCAUUGGACCACACCCAUCUUUGAACUCGGCCUACAUUUUGAUCUCAACUACACACAUGUAAAGUUACGUGACUGUAUCUUGCAUUGUGACACUAUCCUGGUGAACAAAUCUGUCCACAGACAGACAGACAGAUGGAGAGACAGACAUAUAUAUAAACACUUGCCAAAGUGCUCAAAAUUGCCUCCAUGUUGGUUCCUGCUACAGUAGAUGUCUCCAGGACCACAUUUUGCCAUGUUGAACACACGCAUGCACACGGCAUCCCACACCUAUCGUCGAACUCGGCCUUCAUUUUUUUCUCAACUACACACCUGUAAAGUUUUGUGACUGUAUCUUGCAAUAUUGUGACACUAUCGUGGUGAACAAAAUCUGUCCACAGACAGAUGGACAGACAAACAUAUAAACAUCUGCCGAAGUGCUCAAAAUUGCCUUUGUGCUAGUUCCUGCUACAGUAGAUGUCUCCAGGGCCACAUUUUGCCAUGAUGACACACACGCAUAUACACAGACUCACAUGGUGAAAACAGAACUGGCCAUGCUUUUGCAGCAGGUUAUAAACAAUACAACAAAAGUCAUACAUAUUGUAAUGCUACCUGUUUCUAGUAUUUUUUAGCUCAUUGUGUAAUGAGUGACAGUGAAAGUGUUGAUCUUGACAUGUGCAUCAAGUGUUUAGUAGCAUUAGUGCAUUUUGGAUGUGAGAUUAACUGUUGUGCUGAGCUGCAUGACGGUAAAGAGAACUGAGUGAACAUUUUUUAAAAAGUGAACUCUAUACAGAGAAAUGUGUGUUACCAAUUUUAAAAAAAACCCUGUAAUUUACAGGUGAUAUAAAUAUCUAAGGUUUGAAAUAUUGAAUAAAAAACUUUGUAGUGGAAGCACAACAGAAACAGUAAACCAACACAGUGAAGAACAGUCACAAUCAUCAUUUUUUUCUCUCUCU